GGACUACAGAAGAUCCUUCCAUGUUGUCAGACACUUGCGCCAGUAGGCUUAUUUUGUGCAGUAAAAGUGGAAGGCUCAAACGUUAGGCUACUGUGCGUUUUCGUAAUGAAAUGUAUUUUGGAGGAAUGAAUGAUAUGAUACGAUACGAUUUUUUCAUUACAACCCAUUUGUUUUCCAGAAAAUAGUCAUUUUGGUCGUCCACGAAAGUGGUGAAACCCAAAUUAAACUUUUUUGGGCAACUUCUAGAGGCACGCGCAUCCUCAAAUUUUCCCAUCACAGUAGACCUAGCCUACAGCAUGAUUCUGAGCAUGUAAUGUUUAAUGCCAACUUCACAUUGGCACGUUAGUAGGAUAUAUUUUCUAAUGAGGAGACACAGCACUCAAAGAAUCCUCCAUAUAAAUGUAUGGGGUUAGUUCGUAACGACAGUAUGGCACUUGUUAAAACAUCCGGACGCACCCUUUCCUAGAAUCCAAUUGGGCUCACCUGGCACCACUGCUGCAGUCUGUAUGAGGAGAUAGCAUAGGCCCAACCUCUACACUUGCUUUUGAAUUACAGGGGUAGGCUACAACCAAAAUGUUCUACAAUGGAGACCACAUAUCUUUGGCCUUUUCCCUGCUGAUUUUACCAGGUGUCAUCAUCAGUACUAACACUGCAGGAUCAUGGAAUGUCUCCUCCCCUUCAAGAUUAUGUGCUUUAACUGGAUCAUCAGCAACCAUUUUCUGCACUUACAGAUAUCCCCAAGAACACACUGUGACAGAUGUGUCUUGGUACAGCGACAAAGAUAAACGCCUGACUGAAAGUGAACGUUUCAAAAACAGAGGCCAAUUUCUUGGGGAUAAAAAGAAUAACUGCUCACUGAGAAUUAAUGGUCUGAGGGAAAGCGAUUCCAAAGAAAAAUACAAGUUCUGGUUUAGAACAAAUAGCAGUGAAUUUUCUGGGGCAGGUGUUACUUUAUCCGUCACAGCUCUGCGGGUGAUGAUGAGUCCAAAAACAGUGACAGAAGGGCGGAGUGUUACACUGACCUGCAGCACCACCUGCAGUCUAGGCAACUCCACCACCUACAUCUGGUACAAGAACGGCCUACCUGUGUCAACCACACACACACCAGACAACACGUUCUCCAUCAACAAGAUCCGCGUCACAGAUGAAGGCAGAUACUCCUGUGCUGUGACGGGACAUGAUGAUCAUCCGUCCGACUUUGUGAUCCUCAGUGUUAGAUACGCUCCCAGAAACACCACAGCAUUGCUGAGCUUGUACAUAAAUGAAGGUACUUCAGUGGCAGUAAUCUGCAGCAAGGACGCCCCCGCAUUGCUCAGUCUCUCCAUUAAGGAACACACUUCAGUGACUUUGACCUGCAGCAGUGAUGCCAAGCCCUCUGUUCGCCACUACUCCUGGUAUAAGAAGAUCGGAGCCAAAUCCUCCCUGAUGGUAUUUGGGCAGAAUUACAGCAUCACGGAUGCCAAGGUGGCCGACAGUGGCCAGUAUUACUGUAAGGCAGAAAACAUAGUGGGAGUGACGGAAUCUUCAACUCUUCCUUUAAAUGUAUACAAGGUCACCACAGGACUGCGAUCAGCUGUGCUAGUCCCAGCCAUCAUUGUUGUGGCCAUUGCAGUGAGCUUCGUGUGUUGGUGGAGAAGGACAGCAGAGCGAGCCUCUGGAGUGCAUUCCCAGGGGCCUGAUGCAACCUCCUUAUGGCACAUGCAUAGCUCCGAAUCCCAGAGCAAGAUCAUCUGAGAAGGACACUCUUGAUGUAUGUCCUUGACAUAAACAGGCAGACGAAUUGUAAAUGAAAUAUAUUAUUCUUUACAUUUUAAUUUGCGUAUAGUUUGUGUGUCCUGUUGCUAGCAGUUCAGGAUCCCAGCCAGUCAUUGUGUCCAAUGAUGAAUACGGAAGCCACUGUAGACACAAGCUCAUGCUGAACCUACUCACUUCCAUACUCCUUAACCAACAGGCAGAAGGAUUUUACAGAUACACAUGAAUAGUGUGUGUGUGUGUGUGUGUGUGUGUGCGUGUGUGCGUGCGUGCAUAAAGUGGACAUAUACAAGUUCAAUUUUGUAAGUAAACACAAGAAAUAACAUGCAUACUUAAGUGAUCAUGUAUUGAUGUAUGAAAUUCCAUUAUCAUUCAUUUUUUUUCAAUUCAUCAUGAUAAAAUGAAAAAAUAUUAUUUUAUUUUUUUCUAUUGCCUGUGAUAAUUUAGCUCACUGCAGUUUUAGUAUUGUUUAUGUUGUGCUAUUUGUAUCAUAUUCUGUAUUCUGCUGUUUGUUUUCAAAGCCAGUGUGUUAUGAUUAUGUAUAUAGUCAACUAUUUUGAGUCUAUGGUGUUGUUAACUGUUUAUGUUAAUAGGCUAUGUACAAUCAUGUUCAUAGGUUAUGAUUGUUUUGCUAAUAUUGUUUUAUAACAAUAGGCCUACAUAAUUAAAGCAUGUGUUUUCCAACAUAAAUAAAAAAAAUGGUACAUUACAAACUUUCC